GUGACUCUCCGGUACUGCCAACCCCGCAACAGUGACACUGAGUGCAUCGCUAGUGAUUUCAGUGUUCCGAAGUUGACCGUCAUGACGACGAGAACAGGAAAGAGCGCCAAGGUGGGAGAUAUGAACCGUGGAGAGCUGGAAACCCUGAUUGCGGAGGCAGUAGCGGCGGCAAUACUCCCGCUGUCUUCCCGAAUAGACAAACUGUGUAGUGAGGUGGAAAAAUUAAAAGAGGAACUAACUGAAAAGGAUACCAAAAUAAAAUUAUUGGAAUCUAGUGUACAUAAUAAGUGUGAUGAACUAGAACAGUAUGGAAGGAGAAACAACAUAAGAAUCUUCGGAGUUCCUGAGGCAAACAGUGAAAAUACGGAUGAUUUGGUAAUUGAUGUGGCUCGCAAAAUAAAUGUGACCCUAGAAAAGUGGAAUAUAGACCGAUCGCACCGAGUUGGUAAAGCGGGCGGAGACAGGCCGCGCCCGAUUCUGGUGAAGUUCACGAGCUAUGGUGCUCGCAGAGCGGUCUUCCAGGCCAAAAAGCAACUGAAAUCGACAAGAAUCACAAUCCGGGAGGACCUCACGCAAGCGAGGCUCUCACUUAUGAGGAAGACUAUGGAUAGCUACUCCGAGAAAAAUGUGUGGUCAAGUGACGGUGCCAUCAUGGUGAAGGUCGGGGCAGUAGUGCGGCCCCUUCGUGUGAGGACUGAAGAAGACCUUGCAAGUCUACUGGUGAGACACCCUCCCGUUGGGGUAUAAGCCGUUACUCGAACAUACUGUAACCGAGGGGGCGCCAACUCCGAAAUUUCGUGCACUGUGAAUACACUCUAAUAGUGAAUAUCACUGAAUAAUCACUUAAUAUUGCCUGAAUACUGUAGGUAUUAAUUCCCUCGUGAACCGUGAAUACUAGAAGUCACUGCCCCCUCGACUGUAACGUAACACAUUUGCCUUUCACUUUAUGUCAUAUACCAUUUAAGCACAGUGUUAUGUAAGCAUUAUUCGUCUGAUGACCGAUGUCACAUGUGAAUGACUUUACAUAGUACAAACUGUUAAUUUUAUUAGUCUAUAAUGUUAUACUUGUACCUUAAUUUUAUAUUUUCUUCCAUUUUAUUUUAGUUGUUUUGUUUUAUACCUAGGCUGUCUUGUCCUUUUGUUUCUUAACCACUAUUUGUCUAACACUCCGGCAGAAGUGGGGCUAAUAAUUUAGACACAAUAUGUUAGCUCAACCAUUGGUAUUACGAAACAUUAUUUACGGGUCCUAAUUUUUAUAUGGUUAUGUUUCCUAUAGACGGUAAUCGACCCGUCGAAAUGUUGUUCCUUUACUCUCGACUUAGAUAGCUAUAUUACAAAUGUAUACUUUGUGCCAUGCAUUUGCCCUAGUUGUAAACACCAAAGCGAAUGAGUGCUCAAUCGACACUUAUUCUUUAAUUCUUUAAGUAUUAUUCUUUGCCUGAAAUUUCUAGCCUGUUUGUUUUUAUUGUUCCUGUUAAUCGCAUAGUUCAUGUUAGUUGUAUGUUAUCUUUUACUCAUUUACUUAAAUUUACUUAUCUUUUUGCAUUGUUUAUCGUUAUUUUAUAUUUUGUUUCACCCAUGUACUGAUAGUUUCUUUAGAAUGUCUUGCUCGUUUUGUUAACUCCUUAAAUACUCAUAACUUACGUCUGACUGACUUCAAGUUUUGCUCUUGCUUUACGCCAUAUGAGAGAACGAGACCUAUCUCUUCUUAAAGAUUAC